UGAACGUAAUCGCUUGUGUUGAGUCGUGCGGUAUUCGAUCGGUAGCGUACGAGUGCAUAACAAUGCGCUGCGAAAAAUCUAACAUUCCCGCGCGAGCUUAAACUAUAGCAAAACAGUGUGAACAAAAAUUGUUAUAAAGAGAAAUUUGUGCGUUAUUGUUUUAUAUAAUGAACACAGUUUGUGUUGAAACAAUUUGAACUGGAUUUUUGUAUUCAUCGCAUAAUUAUCCUACACUUUUGCUUCACUUGGGCCGAGAUAUCACUUUCCGCUUACUGUGAAAGUGACAGCAGAUCUACGGGAUGUCGAACUUCCAACGAACGCGCAGCAAAGUUUGGUGGGAAGACUCGCAACCUAACAUCGGAAAUAUUGGCAGUCCAGUUGCACAACCUGCUUGGAAACAAAACAAUAGAUUAGAAGAACAGGAGUGGGAACCGCAGCUACCUCACUGGAUAGCCAAUCAGCCCGAACAACAAAGGAACAAUAGUGCAGAUAACAUUGCGCAGCCGAACAAUGCACAGAUAAACCAAUGGCCACUGCGUCACGGAAGCCCCGGAAGUCAUAAAAGUCAAGACUCCGGUUUCUCAGAUUCAGAUAGCUCUCCACCACCUUCACAGUAUUAUCAAUCUCCUGAUAACAAUGAUUCCAAAAACAAAUCAUCAAGUAGCGCUGACUCAAAUAAUAAUCAAAAUAUAACAGUAAAACAAGUCAUUCCAAAUACACCGCAAGGAAAGGAUGUAGUUGAUAAUGUUAAAAUGCCUAGCAAGACUGUCACUCCUACGCCAAUGCCUCGUAACAGAAGUAGUAGUGUCAUACAAACUCCGUACGAUUUACAGAAAUAUUAUGAGAUUCAUCGAGAUGAGGAACAUAUGGAAUUGUUAAAAGAUAAAGAUACUGAUAAUUUGAAUACAUCACAAAAACAUUCCACAAUAAAUAAAAUAAAUAAUGAAAAGUCUAAUGUGGAUAAAAAUUUAAAACCCAUUUUACCUAAAAUUGAUAAUGCUAAAUGUAAUGUCAAAACAGAAAAUAAUAUAGAGAAAAAAGUCACAUCACCUAACAAUAAAAGUAAUAAAGAAAAUACGCCCAACAAAAGUGCAAUACAUAAUGAUACCAAAGAUGUUCCUGUUAAAAAUAUAAGCGUCAUAAGUCCAUCCAAAAAAUAUCCAGUUAAAUCAUUUAUAUCGAGCACACAAAGCGACAGUACCAAAUUAAGUAAAGUAGCAAAAGUUAAAGAUUUAGAAACUGGUAAGAAUAAGUUAGACGAAAGUCUAGAAUACAUCAAAUUGUCAGAUAAUAAUGAAAUAGCUGUUAAUAACCAACCACGAGUACGAACACCUAUAUCUAAUGUUUCAUACAUUCCAACUGAAAGAAUAUCUAACACUAGAUCCGAUUAUAAUAGAAGCAUAUCAAAUGAAUAUAAUGUUUCAAUUACAACUACACCGAAAUUUCAAAGAAAUCGUUUGAAUAAAUCAUUGAACUUUGAAGCACAGCGGCUUGAUCAACAAAUACUGGACAUACAAGAUGGUUACCAUUCACUGGGAUACAUCGAUGAAGAUGAACUAUGUACAGAGGAAAGUCAAUAUAGUCACAGUGAAAUACAUAAACCCAGUAAAGCUAUACUCGGUAAAAAUAUUAUGGAUAGUCUUAAUUUAAAACCUACUAAGAAAGCGGGUCCAAAAGCAAAACAGCGCAUGGGAACGAAGGCAGAUAAAGCUAAAGAUCUGUUUAGACUUUUAGGAAAGAAAGAGAAACCAAGUGUUGUUGAGGAAAAUGCGGGUGGCAUUUUAGAUGGAAGUCGAGUACCUUCCCUGGGACUUCCACGAUCUUAUGAGCAAAACUCUUGGGUUGUAGUUGGAUACCCUGAAAAGGAAAUGUUAAUACCUCAUUAUAAUGAAAGAUUUGUGGGUAUAGAAAGCGAUAAUGAGUUAAGAGCUAAAGAUGGUUGUCAAGAUGACGUAAACGGAUUUAAAAAUAGAAGAGUUACACCACCACCACAAUUUCAGGAUAAACAGAAGACCCCAUAUGAGACCGACUCUAAAAACGAUAAAGAUUUAACGCAUGAUUCUAAAAGAGAAAAGUUAAAAGAUGAUCUAAAUUUUGACGAUGUCCAAUUAAAUUUAGCAUGUACGUCAACACCAAAAAUGUUAGCACCUCAUGAGUUUAUGAAUAGCCAGAUUCCAAAGAGCAUUAAGAAAAAUGCUCCUAGGGUAAAUUUAUUUGCUGAUGAAAAGAGCGGGUUGGUAUUAAAUAAUCAGAAUGAGAUACUGUACAGAGAAAGGAGUAUAGACCAAACUACACUGGAGAGACUCUGCGAUAGAAAGCCUGAACCAGUCCAAUAUUGGCUUUGUGAUCUGGUGGGAUCGAGUGAAAACGAAUGCAUGACAACACUUCAAAGUAAACCUUUAGGCGCCGAAAUGAAGGCUAUGGUAUCUGCCAGCUCAGCUACCAUCACUGGCAACAUCAAGAAAGUGCAAACACAUGGACAAAUAAUUGUUCAUCAGUACAGUGACGUCAUCAGGCAAAUAGAAUCGGACAAGCCGAGCGAAGAGCAAAUCUGUUUACUUGUGGCUAAUAUCAACGAGUUUGUAUUAGCACACAGCAUCACAUUAAAUACUAAGCCUCCAGGGGAGACGCCAGAGCGAUGGGACAAAAUUAAGAAGUCUCUAGAACUUUAUCUCAGGAAGUUAAUUGACAUAGGCGAAGACGUUAAGAUAGAACUGAAUGAGAGUCAUCCUGAGUGGAAUUUGGUUCAGAGACAUUUGGAUACUUUGAUUGGGAUCUUUAUGGAGACGGCCAAAGCUGUUUUGGUUCAACAGAUGAAGACUUUAGUGUCGAUAAUCGAAGAGCCACCGUCUGACAUGAUCCUUAAGAGCACACUGACCUCUAUAGGACACUUGGCGAUGCUAAGCGACAGCACAGAGAGUUCACUCCACGAGAGGUGUGCUAAAAUAAUCAAGAAUAUAACGGACCUGCCAUUUGUUGACUGCGGGGUGCCCAGGGCCUUACUCACUGCUAUUAUUGAGAGCAACAAGAGUUCCAUUAAAGCGUUAUCCUUGAGGGCACUGGCUACUGUAUGUGUUACAGCCGAUGCUGUCAAGCAAUUUGAAGAGGGCGGUGGUAUAGAAAUUCUAUCAGAUAUCCUUUCUGAUAGAUCAAACCCGGAGCCUCAGAUGCGCGAGGCGAUUACAGUGCUCACACAGAUCACGGCGCCAUGGCUCAGGGGCCAUUACGAUCUCACGCAGCUCCACGUGUAUUUAGACACCAUAGUCAACAAUAUUACUGGUAUUCUGACCCGUACCGAAUGCUGUCAGUUACUGCUACUCUGCACGGCGUGCCUCGUCAACCUAGUUCGAGAAUUGGAACUAGAGAAGAAAGAAGAUGACGACACCGACAAAUCCGAUAUAGUGGAAGUAUUAACAAAGCACCGUACUGUGGAGCGAGUAUUGGACGCUGUGAAGCGACGAGGACCGAACAUCUCUGUAUUUUUACAGGAGCAAACAGCGUCCUUCCUGGCGUCACUGUCUCGCAUCCCGCGGUGCAUGCUGUCGCUAUCACAGCUGGCGGCGGCGGCGCUGGUACGGUUCGCGCGUUGCCCGCCUGCGCCCGCGCACGCGCCACGUGACGCAGAGCUGCGUGCGCAGGCGCGGCUGCACUGCCAUGCCGCCGAGGCCAUGUCUAGGCUAUCAGUGGUCCCAGAAGUGGCCCAACAAAUAGUCCAGCUAGAGGGCGUUCCGCAUCUUACCCGGCUGGUUAGAAUGCAGCGAACACGCCCUGGUCACCUGGAUGUCAACCCGGAUCAGAUCCUGAUACAUUGCCUCAAGGCACUGAGGACUAUCCACAAAUACUACCCUGAGGCCUUUGAAGGAUAUCAAAAAGACGUAGACGAAAUGAUCCGACCACAUCUCAUGGAAUCCCUCAUGCUCUUCUCUGCUAAGCAAGAAAGUUACGUUUAAAUCAUUACAAUUAUUUCUAAAUUUGAGAAAUACCAAAAAGUUUAAAUAUAAUGUAACUACUUAUAUAACCUCUUGACCUUUAUCUUGCAUAGAUAUACUCGUAUGCAAAAAAGUGUAAUAAAAUUGCUCUUGAAUAAUUCUUAGAUAUAUAAUUGGAAAGUAUUAUAAAAAAGACUGGACAGAUGGCGAAUUUACUUGUACAUAAUCUCUAAAAAUUGACGUAGACUAAAUUGUCAUGAUUUAAAUUACUUUUGGAUACAAACAUUUUUUAAAAUCAAACUGUAAUUGUAUUUUUUUUUUUUGUUUUUUGCCAAUUAUCUAUGUAACAAUAGAUGCUUUCAUUACUAAUUCUUGGGUAAUAUUAUUUACCAUAAUCUGAUUGCCAUAAAAUCCUUUUUUAAAUUAUGUAGUACUAAUAAAAUUGUAUAAAAUUAUUACAGCUAAACUAUUUGCUAUGUAAAUACGCUUUACAACUCAGGUAAUGUUGACACUGGGGCCGACUCUGAGGCACAUUUCUUUAACCUAUUUCUGAACGUUACAUUUUAAUUUAUAAUUUCACGAAAUUAUUGUUUUUUGAACCACCGUAAACUAAUAUUAUAAUAAUUUUGACCUUAAUCAAUUAAAAAAUUAGUUUAUACUGGUUGUUAAAGAUGUCACUGUAAUAUUAAAUUGAAAUUUUAUAUUUACAAAUAGGUUCAGAGAAAUGGCACCACAGAAUCGACCCCACUGGUACAUAAUUUAUUUUAUGUUAAAUUAACGAGAGUUCUAGAAUUAGCUCUACACUUCAGAGGCCAUACUUGUUGACUAGUCUUCAAAUUACUUUGCUGUAGGCGACGUCUAUUUUUGAUUAGAUAUAAAAUCACUGUGCUAUUUAAGUGAUCGUUGUAAAUACUUUCUAGGACACCUAUUAGUUUAGAACAGAAUUAUAUCCCAUAUUUAGCUGUUAUAAAUAAAAAUAUUCAAGAAGAUCACCAUAACACAUGUAUUAUAAAUAAAUAUUGUGUUCUUAAGUCUCUAAUGUGAAUUGUAGAACAAUUGCGAGUACACUGAUAAAUCCGUUAGAGGCGCCAUUAAAUUAUUCAAUACAAAUUGUCGACGUAAACGCUCUUGCAGUACUGACUUAAAUCAUUGUAAACUCGUAUAUUAUUUAAAUUAUUUCAUUUAUCUCUGUAUUAAAAUGACUGCUGAAAAGUAUACUCUGAUUUUUUCAAGAAAAAUGAAGUUGUUGUAUAUAAAUAGAGUAGAAUCAUUAAACGGAGAUAGAUAUUUAUUUAUAUAUAUAUAUCCAACUCUCAUUAUCCAUGUAAUAUCUACUACAAUCGAUAUUUUUAAACCAUACUAUAAUUAUGUAUUUCUCUUUUAAUACAUUUAUUAUUUCUUUUAUAUAUAUCAUUUAUCUGUCAAAUAUAUACUCAUCUACUUAAUACUUAUUUAAGGGUAUAUUAUCGAUACCACCAUGUUUAGUUUUAACCACUUUGUAUACUUUAGUUAUAUACCUUGUAUACUUUACACAAACACUGUAAAGAAAUUAUGAUAUAGGCGAGCAGUCCUCAUAUUGUUAUCUGUUUAUAAAAUAAAGUAUAUAUUCAACAUUACAAAA